AUGCAGAUUUUUGUCAAAACUCUCACCGGCAAGACCAUCACCCUUGAGGUUGAACCUUCUGACUCUAUUGAGAAUGUGAAGGCAAAAAUUCAAGACAAGGAGGGUAUCCCUCCGGACCAGCAGCGUCUUAUUUUUGCUGGCAAGCAAUUAGAAGAUGGGCGGUCCUUGUCCGACUACAAUAUUCAGAAGGAGUCAACGCUUCAUCUUGUGCUUCGUCUUCGUGGUGGUGCAAUGGAUCCUACGAUGAAGGCCGUGGCCAUGAAGUAUAAAUGUGAGAAGAUGAUCUGUCGUAAGUGUUACGCUCGUCUCCAUCCGCGCGCGACAAAUUGCCGCAAAAGGAAGUGUGGUCACAACAGCAACCUUCGCCCAAAGAAGAAGCUUAACAAGUGA